CCCCAAACUCAGGAUUUACUCGACAUGGCCACAACCCUCGAUCCUAGGUUCAAGAUGAACUACAUCAGUGAGGAGAAGAAAGCCACAGUUAAAGCAAGACUGACAGACGAGAUGACUGGCAUAACUCUAGCUAUGCCAAAUGCCUCCCCAGCACCCCCCAUGAAGAAGGGCCGAAAGACUCUGGGAAGUUUCUUCAAAGCAGCACAAGGCAAUGACGACAAGUCCUCUUCUCUAGAGCAAGCAGUGUCCACAGAGCUGGAGGCAUAUCUUCUGACAUGCAACAUCGACAGUGAAGAUGACCCCUUAAUCUGGUGGCGGCAAAAUAGCAAUGUAUAUCCACAGUUGUCUGUGUUGGUGAAGAAAUACCUAUGCAUUCCAGCUACCAGCUCACCUUCUGAGCAGCUGUUCAGUACAGGGGGCAACAUUGUGACAUGCCACCGUGCAUCACUAAAGCCAGAGCAUGUUGAUAGACUUGUUUUUCUGGCCAGGAAUCUUUAAGUGCAAUAUUCAGGGUCACAUAUAGGGUUAUGUGAGAGGCCUA